AUGGAGUCAGACGAUGAUUUUGAGUUCCUGCGAAAUUCACGCAGAAAAAAACCUAGAAUCUUAUAUUCAUCGGACUCGGAAGAUGAGUUUUUGGACGCAAUACUGCUAAAUAGAGAGGAACAUGACGAGAAUACGUUGUCGCAGUUUAUGUGUGAUCAACAAGAUUGGAGCCCUUUUAUAACAGAUUGUGUUCCUUUUAAAAAAUACAAUCAAGAAUAUAGAAUGUUGCCAGAGAUAGAUUAUGAUAAUGCCUUUUCAAUUUAUAAAUUAUUUCUUUGUGAUGAUAUAAUUGACCUUAUGGUAUUAGAAACCAACAAAUAUUAUGAAAAAUGUGCGCUACAAGCACAUUCAUCAGUUACUAUUAGAAAACACAAACAGCAAUGGAAACCGACAACUCGGGAUGAAAUGCAUAUAUUUAUAGGCAUUUUGUUAAUAAUGGGUGUUGUUAAGGUACCAGAAAUCCGGUUAUAUUGGUCAAAAGAUCCCAUGUUCAGUAAUGAACGUAUAAAAAGUGCUAUGUCGCGAGAACGAUAUUUGGAUAUUCUUCAGUACUGGCAUUUUUCUGAUGGCGAUCAAGUCUGUUCCAAUGAUCGAUUAUUCAAAAUAAAUACACUUGUAGAAAAGAUAAAUAGAAACUUCCAAAAAGUAGUAAAACCUGGAAAAGAAUUAACAAUAGACGAAA